AAAAAGCACCCGUUUGUUCUUUUCUUUUCUUUCGCGUCUUUGCCUGAGGAUCCGUGCCAAGGCCUGACGUGAGUAUUGAGUGGGCUGAGAUUUUCUUGUACUUUGUGUUGGUGUUGUGGACCACAAUGAGGCUGCCAUUGUCGGAUCCGGUACAGAACAUGUUCCUCCUGUUGCUAAUUUUGAGCCUGGGAUUGCAGCUUCAUCAGACAGCAGCUUUAUUCACAGUGACAGUCCCGAAGGAAAUGUACACAGUAGACUACGGCAGCAAUGUGACCUUGGAGUGUGAUUUUGACACCGGAGGUCACACGGAACUCGGAGAUUUAAAAGCCAGUUUGCAAAAGGUGGAAAACGAUACAACCUUGCUCAGUAAAAGAGCCACUUUGCUGGAGGAGCAGCUGCCUCUAGGGAAGGCCUUGUUCCACAUCCCCCAAGUCCAAGUGAGGGAUGCAGGGCAGUACCGCUGCCUGAUCAUCUAUGGGAUUGCCUGGGACUACAAGUACCUGACUCUGAAAGUCAAAGCUUCCUACAAGAAAAUAAACACCCGCAACCUUAAGGUCCCAGGGACAGAUGAGGUAGAGCUCACCUGCCAGGCUGAAGGCUAUCCCCUGGCAAAAGUGUCCUGGCCAAACAUCAGUGUUCCUGCCAACACAAGCCACACCAAGACCUCUGACGGCCUCUACCAGGUCACUAGUGUUCUGCGCUUAAAGCCACACCCCGGCAGGAAUUUCAGUUGUGUGUUCUGGAAUGACAAUAUGAAGGAACUCACUUCAGCCAUCAUUGACCAAGGUGAUAUGGAAUCCCCUGAGAUCCCUCCAUCUUCACUGCUUCAUAUUUGCAUCCUCUCCUUCAGCCUUGCUUUAAUGUUCAUAACCACAAUGAUAGUCCUAAGAAAAUGGCUCUGCCAAAAGUUUUAUUCUGGAAAAGACACAACAAAAAGAUCUGUCACCACAGUGAGGAGGCAUGUGGACAGAACUAUUUGAACCUGUGAUCUGAGGAGCUGGGGUGACCUGAUGGGGACAUCCUCAAGAAACUUCUAGACCCUGAACAAGAAUCCCUUGGCCUGCAGAUCUUGUUGUGUGUACUUUUCAAAUGCCUUUAUGUGAACCAGCACUUUAAUCUGGA